GAUCCUGCGGGUCGCUCUGGGCAAACACAACCUGAAGAAGCGGGAGGCCACCCAGCAGGUGCUGCGCGUGGCCCGCCAGGUGCCCCAUCCCCAGUACAACCCCCGGACCCACGACAACGACCUGAUGCUGCUGAGGCUGGAGCGGCCGGCCCGGCUGGGGAGCGCGGUCAGGCCCAUCCCCGUGGCCCGGACCUGCGCCGGCCCACAGACACCCUGCCGCGUGUCCGGCUGGGGCACCACGUCCAGCCCCAUCGCCAGGUACCCCAAUGCUCUGCAGUGCGUGAACAUCAGCAUCACCUCCCGGCAGCAAUGUCAGCAGGCCUACUCCGGCGCCAUCACCGACGGCAUGGUCUGUGCGGGAACCCCGGAAGGCGGGAAGGACUCUUGUCAGGGAGACUCCGGAGGACCCCUGGUGUGCCACGGGAAACUCCAGGGCCUGGUGUCCUGGGGGAUGGAGCGCUGUGCCCUGCCUGGCUACCCCGGAGUCUACACCAACCUCUGCAAGUACUACGACUGGAUCCAGCAAACCAUUCUGGGCGCGUGAUCACCAGUGUGAGGGAAUAUGGAUGCCCAUCUGCUGCCCAGACCUGCUCUCUCCA